AUGAAGUUCUCCGCCGUAUUCAUCUUCGUCGCCUCCGUGGCCGCCGUUGCACUUGACACCGAAGUUGCACCUCAACUCAGCCAGCCGGGCCGCCGGGGAGUAGACUGCGGAGCUUGUGCACGCCUCAAUUUCUGCCCCGGCAAGCCUAACAACAACGUCGAGUGCGAGCUUGAUGGCUGCUGCAAGAAAUAA